AUGGCUGGAGCGCUGGAUAACGCGAAAGAUAGCUUGCCAAAAAUAAGAGAUGCUGAAAGAGAAAGCGAUUUCGGUUACGUUUUCGCUGUUUCUGGUCCAGUCGUGGUCGCGGAACAAAUGAAUGGAUCUGCCAUGUACGAAUUGGUAAGAGUUGGUCAUGAAGAACUUGUUGGUGAAGUCAUUCGUAUUGAUGGUGAUAAAGCAACAAUUCAAGUUUAUGAGGAAACUUCCGGAUUAACUGUUGGGGACCCUGUAUUAAAAACAGGAAAACCUCUUUCCGUCGAAUUGGGACCUGGGUUGAUGUCCAACAUUUAUGACGGAAUCCAACGUCCACUUAGAGCUAUUCGGGAAAUUUCUAAUAGUAUUUAUAUUCCACGUGGUAUCUCAACCCCUGCGUUAGACAAAAAUAUCAAAUGGGACUUUGAUCCAUUAAACUUUAAAGUUGGUGACCAUAUUACUGGUGGCGACAUAUAUGGCAAGGUUUUUGAAAAUUCCUUAUUGAAUGAUCAUAGUAUAAUGUUACCACCAAAGGCUCUUGGUACAAUCACGAACAUUGCUGAAAAAGGUUCAUAUUCUUUGGAGGAUAUCAUACUUGAAACCGAAUUCGAAGGACAAAAAUCCAAGCAUACAAUGUUGCAACUUUGGCCUGUUCGAUCGCCUCGUCCUGUCACGGAAAAAUUGGCAGCUAACUUCCCAUUAUUGACCGGUCAACGCGUUUUGGACGCUCUUUUCCCUUGCGUCCAAGGCGGAACCACCGCUAUUCCCGGAGCUUUCGGUUGUGGUAAAACAGUCAUUUCACAAUCUUUAUCUAAAUAUUCUAAUUCUGAUAUUAUUAUAUACGUCGGUUGUGGAGAACGUGGAAACGAAAUGGCCGAAGUAUUAAUGGACUUUCCUGAGCUUAGUAUCAAUGUUGAUGGUCGUCAAGAAUCUAUUAUGAAACGUACAACACUGGUAGCUAAUACUUCCAAUAUGCCUGUCGCUGCUCGUGAAGCUUCUAUCUAUACCGGUAUUACAUUAUCUGAAUAUUUCCGUGAUCAAGGCAAAAAUGUUGCCAUGAUGGCGGAUUCAACUUCUCGUUGGGCCGAGGCUCUUCGUGAAAUCUCUGGUCGUUUGGCUGAAAUGCCGGCAGAUAGUGGUUAUCCUGCUUACUUGGGCGCUCGUCUAGCCUCUUUCUAUGAACGUGCUGGUAAAGUAACGUGUCUAGGGAAUCCAAAACGUGACGGAAGUGUUACUGUCGUUGGAGCUGUCUCACCACCCGGCGGUGAUUUUUCUGAUCCUGUGACGUCAGCCACUCUUGGUAUUGUUCAAGUAUUUUGGGGUUUAGAUAAGAAAUUAGCCCAACGCAAGCAUUUCCCUUCAGUCAACUGGUCUUUAAGUUACUCAAAAUAUCUCAAAGUAUUGGAACCUUACUAUGAAUCGACUGAACCAGAUUUUAUCUCUAUCAGAGAUAAAACUAAAGAAAUCCUUCAAAAAGAAGAAGAUCUGUCUGAAAUCGUCCAGCUGGUCGGAAAGACUAAUUGGUUACUUAAGAAUAUGAUUGGUUUUUAUAAUGCUGCCACUCACGCUGUUGAAGUUACUAAUAAUGAAAUAACGUGGGCUAAAAUCAGAGAUUCUAUGGGUGAUCUUAUGUAUAAGCUUAGUUCUAUGAAAUUUGAAGACCCUGCUGAAAGUGAGGAAGUUCUUCGAGAACGUUAUCAACAAUUGCAUAUAGAAAUUCAAGAAAGUGACUAUUGGGAUAAAUUGAGACCUUUUAGACAGAUUUUACCAAGUAAAUUACAUGAAGAUCUUUUGCAAUAUUAUUGUAAGCGAGGAAAGAUUAGUCAAACGGAUACACUUAUAUUAUCACUAAGGAAGAUUGGUAUUCAAUCAAACAUUAUAAAGUUCAAACAUAUUUCCUUAAUAACGAAAUGGAUUGACAGAAAGGAAGGACGUGAAACGAAUUUGGAAAAUAGUUGGUCGGCUCCAGCAACAUGGACUGUUUCACAACGUAGUCGUACUUCUUCUUUUGGUAGUUUUUCAAGGUCUAAUACCUACGAAGUAGGACCUUAUCAAAGUACUCCCGACAGUUUUAUAUUUUCGUUAGGUGAUGGGAAAGAUCUUUUGAAUGCUAAAAUUAGUCGAAUUAUUCAAGAUAAUAUGUCUGUUGCUGUUUUUUCAUCUCCGCGACAUGGUCCUUGCUUUGGUCAAACAGAUUUACGAAUGAAUGAUAAUUUUAAUGAGGCCGAAACUUGUACAUGUCAAUGCUACGAUUACGAAAGUGAAAUAACUGAAAAUCAUAAUUUUUCUGUUGAAGAAUAUGAAGUAUUUCAGGUUAUAAAUAAAGAUAUACCUGAAUCUUCAAAUCAGGCUUCAACCUCACAAAUGCUUCCAAGACCCGAGCUUACAAAUUACCCAACUGCUUGGUAA